AUGGUCAGGGUUGGCGACGACACCGCCGAAACCGGGUCCUUCCUCUGCCGCCCUGGCACCGGCUACAGGACCCGCACUGGCAAGACGUGCUGCCCAGCGAGCAACAUCCGGCAAGACAACCUGCACAGCUGGUUCCGUGCGGAUGCGCGACUCUCCUCCAUGAGCGGCGGCGUCGCCAGUAUCUCGCUCCGCCUCUACUUUCGGUACGUCUUCAACGAGCGGGUCGAGUGGCGGCCGCUCCGGUGGGAGCUCCUGAGCGAGAUGCACGGCCGGCGCGUGCAUGUUUCUGCUGCAUCGACCGACCUGCGGUACGCGUGGCACGUCCAUCCGGACGCCGCCUCGCUCGCGCCCAACGCGGCCGACCUCCCCAUUCAGCUCCGCCUUCCGGACGGCGCCGGCUCGACACCGCUCACCGUUCGGCUGCACGCGAGCUUUGGCGUGCGCGCGUGGGAUCCGGCGAUACAGAUGUGCAUCGACUCUGAGGACGUCGUCCACGUCGACCCGGGCAGAGGCCAAGAGAUGCUCGUCGAGGGCGAGGCGCUCACCAACCCCGUCACGCUGACCCCAGCAGGACACUCGCGGCCCCGCCCGGAACCGCCUCUGGUGGCGGCGCUGAGCGCGGACCGCAGGCUUGCCGACAUUGCCACCGGCCACCGAUUGGCGGGCGCGCUGUUUGGCGAGGCGCGAUCGCAGGUGCCCGCAGAGGCGGCGGCGCACGCGCAGCGCCCGCUCAUCGCGCCGGCGUGCGUGGGCCUGAACUUGUACGUGCGCAGCGCCGACGGGUACCUCGCGAUGGGCGCCCACGCCAUCAUUGCGCGGCGAGGCGGCGAGGCGAUGCCGAGCCUCGCGCAGCAGAUCGCCAGGUGCGACGCCGCCCUCCCCGGCAUGCGCGGCGAGUGGGAGAUGGCGCCGCCGACUCCAUUCGGGCCCUCGCUCGCCGGCGCGAGGACCGGCCGGCCUGCCGCUUGCGAGCAGCGCGCGUGGAUCGCCGACGCGCCCGGCACCUUCGCCGUCUUCGUCAUGGCGAAGGUGCGGCAGGACGACGGCUCGCAACGAGGCUCCUUCGCCCUCCUCGCCCCCACCUUUUACGUUCAGGGCCCGCUGCUGUGGAGCGAUGAGUUCGACGGCUCCUCCAUCGACGAGUCGAAGUGGAUGCACGACAACUCGCCGCCGGAGAAUGGCGAGGAGCAGGACUAUGUCGGCCCCGGCCGCGGCACUUCGCGGGUGGCAGAUGGCUCGCUCGCCCUCACCGCGCGGCGUUCGGCCGACGGCACCGUGACCUCCGCCCGGCUGACCACGCUCUGGCGCUUCAACUUCACUUACGGCAUCGUGGAGGCGCGAGUGCGCGCGCCGCUGGUGGCGGGCCUCUGGCCCGCGUUUUGGAUGCUGGGCACCGACCUGCUCGACCCGAACAUGGGUUGGCCCGCAUGCGGCGAGAUCGACGUCAUGGAGAUCUUUGGCACCCGGCGCGGCGCUGCUUCCUGCUCGACAGUGCACAACUCGCGCCACUCGUGGGGCACGCUCGACCCGCUCGAGGGCGGCUGCUUCGCCCUCGAGGAGCCGGAGCCGGCGUGGCAUGUGUGGAGGUUGCUGUGGACGCCGCGGCGCAUCGCCUUCUUCAUCGACGACGGGCGCACGCCAAUCUACUCGUACUCGCCCGCGCAACGGACGGCGGCCAACUUCCCAUACACCAGGCCGCAGUACCUGAUCGCUAACUUGGCGGUGGGAGGCGACGGCCCCUCGCAGCCCGUCGACUUCUCCGCGCUCGAUCCGCCUGGCACGACCCUCUUCCUCGACUACGUUCGCGUCUACGCCCUUCCCGACGGAUUGGACGAGCUGGCCGAAAUGAGCUGGCCGAAUGACGUCGAGCGGCCGACGCUGAUGCGUGGGUACGCGAGAGCUGUCGACAGCGACGCGGCGCACGAAGCGGCGAGAGUUGCCGAACCCGAAGAGUGUGUGUAUGACCUAUGA